CUCCCAGUUAACUCGUCAUCAUUGUGCGCGUCGGUGUGCUUGGAGUCUGUAAAGAACAAUCGCAUGUGGGUCGAUUAUUUUCUGUUUAGAAAAUGACAAAACUUUCAGAAAUAACAUUUAAAGACCAAGGCAUGGUAUCAGCAGACGGCUUUUGGUCAGCUGUAGAUGUUUGGAUUCACAAGCCUCAUGUUGUCAAUAAAAGACUGUGUGGUGCAAAAACCGAAGAGAAAAAAGAGGUUAAUGUUUUGGAGUUGGAACAACUCUUGUCUGGUUAUUGGUAUGGUGAUAUUAAAGACAUCAACUCAAUAUUGAACUAUUUAAAUGAAGUAAAUGACGUUUGCCUCAAUCAACCUGCACGUAAAGAGGAACCACGGUGUUUUAUUUUACGGUCUUUGAUUCCAAAAGUAAACACAGACGGCGUUCCCUUCAAGAGAGAGAUGGUUGUGAAAGAUGUUGUUAAUCAGCGUGUGACGUUUCUGCCUUUGGAGGAAAAUAUUGAGGGUCAUGCUGUUCUUAAGAGAAGCAACAUUUACCAAAUUCAACUCAGACAAGUAAACAAUGAAGAAUGGUCUGUUUCUAUUUCAACACUGUGCUCAGAAGGCUGGGAUUCGGAUGGGGUCAUUUACCCUAAACUUGCAUGGCUGAGCACCGAACUGCUGUCUAAGCUAGCAAAGUGGUCCACAGAGAACAAGAGGAGUGAAUUUAAAAGUACCCUUUCACUUAUUGCUGUGGAAAAGUACAGCCACUUGUAUCAGCAGCUGAAGGAAAAAUACAAAGAAAUGGUCAAAGUCUGGCCUGAAGUCACUGACCCAGAAAAAUUUGUGUAUGAGGAUGUUGCCAUUGCAACAUAUUUACUGGUAAUGUGGGAGGAGGAGCGCAAAGAAAAAGAUUUAGCUGAAAAGCAAUCCUUUGUGGACCUGGGAUGUGGAAAUGGUCUUCUAGUUCAUAUUUUAAGCAAUGAAGGGCAUCCUGGAAGAGGCAUUGAUGUGAGGAAAAGAAAGAUCUGGGAUAUGUAUGGGCCUCAAACCCACCUGGAGGAAUGUGCAAUUACACCAAGUGAGAACUUCUUAUUCCCAGAUGUUGAUUGGUUGAUUGGAAACCACUCGGAUGAACUUACUCCAUGGAUACCAGUAAUGUCCUCUAGGUCAUCUUACUCCUGCCGGUUCUUUGUGUUGCCUUGUUGUUUUUUUGAUUUCAUUGGAAAGUACAAUCGAAGACAAUGUAAGAAGACCCAGUACAGGGAAUAUAUUGAUUUUAUUGCGGAAGUGGCCUCUGUCUGUGGAUUUGAUGUGGAAGAGGACUGUCUGAGAAUUCCUUCAACAAAACGGGUAUGCCUUGUAGGUAAGACUAGAACAUAUGACUCCUCAUGUGAAGCCCAAAUAGAUGAACAAAGAAUACAACUUAUUAAGAACAGACCGGUCUGCAAUGGAAUAAACGGCCAAACAACUGACUCCAAACUGGUCACAGAUUGCUCACUUGGUCAUAGUGCAGAACAGUCUAAUGAUGUUGAUCACAGUGUUGAAAAAGUACAGGAAGCAAGCUUUGAACCUGAAACCCAAACGUGUGCCAGCAGGAACUGGGCUGCUGGAUUUCAACCCAGAGAGAAGGCGAUACAUGUCAGGAACUGUGCCUCCCUCCCUCGCAACUUCAUUGACAGGGUGGUCUUGCAAGUGGCAAAUGCUCUUCUGGAUUUGAAUGAAGGAGUAGUUUGUGGCUGUGUAGAGGGACAUAACAUUUGGAACAGGGGAGGAAGCCUUUCUGUCCGAGAGGUGGCCGAGCUCUUAGACAAAGAGACAUUGCAAAACUUGAAAAAUGAAUGUGGAGGUUUACAGACACUGCUUAAAAACAACCAUCAGGUAUUCAGAGUUCUCGGUGGGAUUGUUCAGAUUCGUGACUGGAGAGAGGAGACUGGAGGCAGGAAAGCCAAGCCUGAUCUGAAAAGAAAGCUGUCCUCUGCAGUUUUGAAGACGCGGUUAUGUUGGUUCUUUGUGAAUCACCCAGAUGGCUGCCCCAUCCCCUCUGAAUCCUGUCUGUUUGCACACGGGCCAGAGGAGCUCAGACCAUCGGCAUUCAAGAGGUCAAAGAUGGAUGAUUCCCACCUUGUCUCACUGCAGGCAAUAAACCCCACAACAGAUCUUUUUCAACUGAAGGACCUCCCCUGUGGACAUGAAAAGGGUUAAGAGAGAAUGGGAACUGUCACAUUUCUCUUUUAUCAAAAUGUCAACAUCAUAAAUAAUUCCAACAAGAAGCAAUGGGAGGUGUUGCUAGAAGGCCAGUGUCCCUGCACACAUGACCCACCUCCUAAAAAUAUCACUUUUAAACAAGAAUACAAGUGGCAGACUGUCAAAUGGUAUCUUUGAGAGAUCAGAUAAAAUGAGUGUUUAAAAACAAAUUGCAUGAGAGUUAAAAAGAUGAUCUAAUAUAUGUUGAUUGAAUCAUUCCAGGGUUUUGGUUUAUGAAUAUAGUUCUUCAUGCAUAAGCACCACAAUAAAAAGGUUUGACAUUUAAGUGUGUGUGAAAUGAGUCAAUAUUGGAGAGAAUGAAUGAUUGUUAUAUUUGCAGGGAGUCGCAGUUGUAGUUUGGUUGAUGCAGAAGAUUAGCAGUCCUUCUGAAAAUGAAAGUCAGCAUGGUACAGUAUCUAUCUUUUGCAGUGUGAUUUGACUUCAUUAACAUUUGUAGUGUGCAAUUUGGUGUGACUUAAUAUUUAAAGUUUUUUUUUUUUUAACUACAUUAAGCAGGGAGGCAUAGGACAAAUGACAGCCACAGUGGCAUGAAAUUACUCCUGUUUUGAAUACCUGAUCAGAAAAGAAAUAUGUAGCACCUCAACGGAGUGCAUUGCACACUCUUUUUUUUUAAUGAAAAGGAAGGUUAUUAACUUGCAGAUAUUUAAGUGAAGUCAGCCUUUAUUUGUGUUUGGACAUUUAAACCACAGGCACUAAUUAUUAUAAUACAAUUGACUGUAAAAUGUCAUCUAACUUGUAAACAGUCAACAGCAGAAUUGCAGUAUGCAUGUUCUGAUUUGCCUUGUACAUGUUUAUACUGGGGGAAGUGUCCUGUUUGGUUGCUUUAAAACUGAACCUCUGUUGUAAAACCAUCACCCUUCUCUUGAAAUAAAUAGUUGUUUUUCCCUUG